ACCUACCCAAUAUAAAUACCCCUCUCUCGCCUCCAUAUCUCCUCCAUCCCCACUCCCUUUCGCCGCCGUCUCUGUUUCCCCCACCUUCAUCCCCAUCCCAUGGCGGCUUGCCUCCCACUCUCCGGCGACCCAAACCCCUCUAUCUCUUCCGACCCACAUCACAAAAUGGUCAAAUUCUGCCGACCCACCUUCUCCGAUCAUAUUUCUUCCAUACCCAUUUCCCCAAAUCCCCACAAAAUCCAAGAUUCUCCUCCGCCGCCGCCGCCCUGUUCCGAUUCCGAUGUCUGGUUGAAAAUCCGGGAAGAAGCUCGCUCCGAUGUGGAAGAUGAACCCAUUUUAUCGAACUAUUACAUCAGUUCGAUUCUCUCCCAUAGCUCUAUGGAUCGAGCGCUAGCGAACCAUCUCUCGAUUAAGCUCUGUAGUUCGAGCCUCCCGAGUACGACUCUGUUCGAGCUGUUCUUGGACGUUUUGAGAGACGACGGCGGCGAGAUUUUGCGAUGUGGGGUUAGGGAUUUGAGGGCGGUGAAGGAAAGAGACCCGGCUUGUAUUAGUUAUGUGCAAUGUUUUCUGAAUUACAAAGGGUUUUUAGCGGUUCAAUCUCAUCGAAUCGCUCAUAAACUUUGGUCCGACGGGAGGAAAGUUCUGGCGAUGUUGAUUCAAAACAGAGUAUCUGAAACUUUCGCCGUUGAUAUCCAUCCCGGCGCCGUGAUUGGAUGUGGGAUUCUUCUCGACCAUGCUACCGGCGUCGUCGUCGGCGAGACGGCGGUCAUCGGAAACGAUGUCUCGAUUCUUCACCAUGUGACUUUAGGCGGUACCGGGAAGGAUUCCGGCGACCGGCACCCGAAGAUUGGAAAUGGGGUUUUGAUCGGCGCCGGAACUUGCAUUUUGGGUAACAUUAAGAUCGGUGAUAGAGCGAAGAUUGGGGCUGGGUCGGUAGUUUUGAAGGAUGUGCCACCGCGGACGACGGCCGUCGGGAAUCCGGCGAGGCUGGUCGGCGGGAAGUCAAAUCCGAUUAAGUUGGAUAAGACGCCAAGUUUCACUAUGGAUCAUAUCUCUCAUAUAAACGAGUGGUCUGAUUAUGUUAUAUAGAUUUUUGGGUUUUUUUUUUUUUUUUUUUUUUUNUUUUUUUUUUUUUUUUUUUUUUUUUUUUUUUUUUUUUUUUUUUUAAUUUUCGGCCAUUGAAUUGAGUGUUGAAGCUCAAGCUGAUGUAAUAAUGGCGAAUAUAUAUAUAAAAAUAAAUAUAGAGUUGUCUCUUUUGAUGUCCUUGUGUUUUGGAUUUGUAAACGCGUAUAAAAGAAUGGUAAGUUUCUCGGGACGACAGUAAGUCGGUGUUGAAAUGUAUUUUUUAACUUAAGAUUGUGAUGUUUGAAAGCGGGAAAGAAAAUGUAAGGUUAAUAAGAAAACAUG